AUGGCUUGCAGGAAUUGGACCAAUGUUGCCGAGUUCAUCCUUGUGGGAUUUGUGGAUCAAGCAGAGAUGCAGAUUCCAUUCUUUGUUUUGUUCUUAGUGAUCUAUAUUAUGACUCUGGUUGGAAAUCUUGGGAUGACUGUGUUCAUUAGGCUUGACUCCCGACUCCACACCCCUAUGUACUUUCUCCUCAGUCACCUGUCUUUGGUUGAUGCCUGCUAUUCUUCUGUGAUCACUCCCAAGAUUCUGGUGAAUUUCCUGAGAGCAAAGAAGUGGACAGAGUGCCUCCUACUGUCUGUGAUGGCAUAUGACUGCUAUGUGGCCAUCUGCAAUCCGCUGCUUUAUAAGGUUGUGAUGUCCAGGAGGAUGUGUGCUCUGUUGGUAUCCAUUUCAUAUGCGACUGCUUUCCUAAAUGCAGCCACUCAAACCAUUUCAAUGUUCCAGUUGCCCUUCUGUGGCUCCAAUAUGAUUAACAAUUUCUUUUGUGAUAUCACACCUCUCUUGAAGCUCUCCUGCAUCUCUACAAGAGUGAAUGAGAUAGUGAUCUUUGUUUCUGCCUGCGUCCUUGGGACGGUGUCUUUUAUCACCAUCCUCAUAUCUUACUUUUACAUCCUCUCUGCCAUCCUGAAGGUCCAUUCUGUCGAAGGAAAGCACAAAACUUUCUCCACUUGCACCUCACACCUGACAGCUAUUACUAUCUUCUAUGGGACCCUUCUCUUCAUUUACUUAAGACCUGGGUCCAGCCAUACACAGGACCAGGAUAAGGUGAUCUCAGUAUUCUACACAGUGGUGAUCCCCAUGUUGAACCCCCUGAUUUAUGGCCUCAGGAACAAGGAGGUGAAGGAUGCAUUGAGAAAGGUAGGGCAGACAGCUGCCAGUCUUUUUCAAAAGGGACGUCUCUAA